AUGUCUGUCGAACUAGUCUUCGGGGGCGGAUCCUUUAUGUCCGAAGCCUCCUACCCCAUUGAGGAGAUAAAGAAGGCAUUGGAUAUAUUGGAAGAUGGCGGUAUAAAAACCAUCGACACUGCCACCAUCUAUAUGAAAAGUGAAGAGCUCCUCGGGGAAGUAAAGGCAGCCUCCCGCUUCGCAAUCGAUAGCAAGUUUCCUGGCGGGUUCUCUCCCGAAGCAGCUACGACGGAUAGCAUCAUUGCCACGGGAGAAUCUAGCCUAACGAAGCUCAAGACCGAUCAGAUGGACGUGUACUACAUCCAUGCUCCAGAUCGCAGAGUCCCCCUGGAGGAAGUCCUUGCCGGCGUCAACGCGCUUCACAAGGCCGGAAAGUUCCGCCGCUUUGGCCUAUCUAAUUUUCUCGCAGAGGAGGUCGAGGAAGUCGUACGGAUUGCCCAGGAGAAGAGCUAUGUUCUGCCAACUGUGUAUCAGGGGAAUUACAAUGCCGUCGCGCGCCACCUGGAAACCGAGCUCCUUCCCACACUCCGCAAGCACAACAUCUCCUUCUAUGCGUACUCUCCAAUUGCCGGGGGUUUCCUGACAAAAGACGUCGACCAGCUCCUUAAAGGGGGCGAGGGUCGAUGGGACCCGAAUAGCCAGGUGGGAGGCAUCUAUCAUGGCCUGUACAACAAAGCAGGUAUGCUGGAAGGGCUUCGGCUUUGGGCAAAGAUCUCCAACGAGGCGGGCAUUCCUAAGGCUGAGCUGGCUUAUCGGUGGGUCGUGUACCACUCUGCCUUGAAGGGGGAUCUGGGCGACAAGGUGAUCAUUGGAUCUCGCAAUAAUGAGCAGUUGCAGCAAACUCUCGCUGGCGUCAAGAAAGGACCUUUAGACCCGGAAACUGUGAAGAAGAUUGAGGAGGUCUGGACGGUGGUCAAGGAUGAUGCACCUGUGGAUAACUUCAACUCUCUCCUAGGCAAGACGACUUCGUAA